AUGUAUGAUACUGAUGAUGAACGUGCAAAUAAUGCAAUUAAAACUGAACAUGAUAAUAAUUAUCAGAAUCGUAAUGAUAUCACAAAUAAUUUAGACAAUGAUUUAUCAAAGCAUGGCUCAACUGUUCGAUUUUCAAAUUAUGAUGACAAUAUAUUAUUACCAAAACCAGAUUAUGACAAUUGUUCUACAUAUGUACCCGUAAAUACAGAUACUACACAAUUUGAUAAACUAUUUGAACGAAGUAAAACAGCGGUAGAUAAUGAAUUUUUAUCAUAUUCACCACCCCAUCCACGAUGUUAUAGUUCAACAUCACCACCAAAAACAGCUUUUAAAAUUCAACAACACUAUUAUCCGUCACAUCCUCAUCUUUCACAACAACAGUGUAUACAUUCACAUAUCAUCGUACCGACCAUACAUGCGAAUCGUCGAUAUUACUGUAACUACUGCCAUCAAUAUUAUUAUGAGAACAAUGAUGCUGAAGAUGAAAAAAUAGAAAAAGCAGAAGAAAUAGAUGAAGACGAAGAAAACAAACAGAAGAAAAAUAAGUUAUUCUAUUCAACUGGUAUUUAUAAUAUGCCGAGUACUAUGCAGAGUAAUAACACAUCAUUUUUUUCGCCAUUUACUGACUCUAAUACGACGUCGCAACAAAAUUACAAUACUCACAGACAAUCAAUUGGAUUAAAAGCUCUCUCACAUCACAUUCCUACAGAUGUGAUCGCACAAUCAUCAUCUCCACCUACACAACAAACAUUUUCAUCUACAGCUGUUGCCACUGUGGAAUCAGCACGUACAAGACGUAAAAAAUAUUCACUAACGCAUACAACACUUUUACAAUCGAAUAAUCAAAACGAAACACCAUUGGUUCGAAGUUGUUCAUAUAAACGGCCGCAAUCAAUUAAAAAGUAUCGACAAAAACGAUCAAAUGAACAGCAAACAUCUUCACCAAGACAACUACUGCAUUCACAAUUAGAGAAAAAAAAUAGUGUUGGAAAUAGUACGGCGAAUAAAAAUAGAAAACUGAGUACGGUAACAACUCAUAAUAAUUAUUCGUUACAAAAGACGAGAAAAUCGAUAAGUGCUGGUACAACCCGAAUAUCAGCCAUUGAUCUAAUGGCAACAGAUGAUCCAGCUGAUCAAUGGUCUAGUCCUAAAUCACCAAGAUCGAGUCGUGUAGGUUCAUUACCGCUCGAUCAACUUCAGUUACCAGAUGAAGAGAUAUAUCGAAUAAGACAAUUUAAUACAACAUCAAAAGGAUUCGUUAAUCGUGGUGAUUCAUUUAAACGUUCAUUUAAACGUAGUGGUUCAAUAAGUCGUCGUGGCUCAUUUCGUCAAACGAACGAUGAUGCUGCAACAGUGGUCAAUGGUUUUGAAAAUGGUCAUCAUUCAACGUCACAAGAACGUUUAUCGGUUAGUCAAACAAAUAUGAUGACAGUCAGUGGUUCAUCGGUACAUGGUUUAACAAAUAACACAAUGUUAGGUGACAACUAUAUAAACGAAAGUACACAUUCAUUAAAUAAUACGAAUACAAAUAAUAUGAAUAUAAUUAAUUCGGCAGCAAACGAUCUUUUACCACUUGUAUAUGUCACAAAUGAAGAUCAAACACCCGUUGUGGAAACAAUUGAAAAUGAAGAUGGACAAGUACAAGAAAUUCCAAUUUAUCAAGUCUAUUUAAUGGGAUUAUCGGGUACGGGAAAAUGCAGUCUUAUUAGACAAUUCAAGACAACAGAAUAUAGAGGAAUAUAUGAAUAUUCAAGUUCCGUAGAGGAUGAUCCCGAUAAUACAGUGUCGAUUAUGCUCGAUGGUGAAGAAUCAAGAAUGCAUAUUAUGAACAUAGAUGUUGAUCUUGUUAAAUGUAGCGAUGAAGGCGAUGCCUAUGUUAUUGUUUAUUCGAUUACAGAUCGUCAAAGUUUUCAGAUUGCAUCAAAUUUGGCUAAAAAUAUACGUGAGAGAGACAAAGAUACAGACAAACAUAUACCGAUCAUACUUGUAGGAAAUAAAAGUGAUUUAGUUCGAAAAAGAGUCGUAUCAAAAGAAGCUGCACGUCAAACGGCGUUUAAAUACGACUGUAAACUUGUUGAAACAUCAGCAGCUAUCAAUGAUAAAGUCGAUGAUCUAUUAGCUGGUACAUUGAAACAAAUUCGUAUUAACGAAUAUAAUCAUGAACGACGUAAAACGAUAACAAAUGAAUCUGAAAUUAAACAAAAACCAUCGAAAAAUGUUUUUAUUAAAUUUUUAAAUGUAUUUCGAAAAAAGCCACGUAUACCGGCUGAUGUCGAAAAUUUAUAUACAGGUUUAAGACAGUCAUAUUCAUAA